CCCUCCCCUCCCUGCCAGUUGUGUGUUUGUGUUUGACAAAGAAAUGAUUUGAACUUCCCACUGCCUCUUUUAGAGGGGAGGGAAAGAGAGAGAGAGAGAGAAAGGGGGACGGAAUCGGGGCUUUGAACAUAUGGAUGUGAUUUGUCAGCCCUGGGACAGAUGUGGGCGCACCCGGAGAACAGCCACGACCAGCAGCAUCUGAAGCUUCGUCGGCGAAAGCAAGAGAGGGUCGGUCCCCAUGCCCGUUUCAUGGACCUUCCUCCAGCGCCCGCUUUCCUCCUCGUUGGGGCGGCAGUUCUGAACGCCUCUAACCUCCCCAUCAUGAGAAAGCGAGGCAAAGAUUUGGGGUCCCUCGCCUCCUGCCGUUAGGGAUCGCGGCUCCCCUGCACCCCCAUCAGCAGCUGUCAGAGCAUCCAGAGGAUUCCUGGAGAGCCCUCGUUCCCUGGAUGCGUGGCAAGCCAGACCCUCUUCCUGGUUAUGGGAUCCUACCUGGUCUACUACAGCUUGGGACUCCUUUUCUGCUGCUCCCUCUUGGGUUUCGCCUCUGCGCUGGUGGAUCCUGAUGAUGUUCUGACGAAGGAGGAGCAGAUCUUCCUGUUGCUGAAAGCCAAAGCGAAGUGCGAGCGUCAUAUGAAAGUCAAAUUACCCAGGUUGCAAGAUGGAUACUGUGUUCCUGAAUGGGACAACCUUAUUUGUUGGCCAGAAGGCGCCCCUGGAAAGCUGGUUGCGGUACCCUGCCCGGAUUACAUCUAUGACUUCAACCACGAUGCCCACGCUUACAGGCGCUGUGACCUGAAUGGAAGCUGGGUAGUGGCCCCCAACACCAACCGCACCUGGGCGAACUACAGCGAAUGUCCGAAAUUCCCCAUCGAUAACGGGGAAAAGGAGGUCUUCUACCGCCUCUAUCUGAUCUAUACCGUCGGCUAUUCCAUCUCCUUGGGGUCCCUGACCAUUGCAGUCCUUAUUCUAGGGUAUUUCAGGCGCCUGCACUGUACAAGAAACUACAUCCACAUGCACCUCUUCGUCUCCUUCAUGCUCCGAGCCAUCAGCAUCUUCGUGAAGGAUGCCGUCCUCUACUCCGGCUCCGCUCUGGAAGAGAUGGAGCGGAUCUCGGAGGAAGACUUCAAGACCAUCACCGAGCUGCCUCCACCGGACAAGUCAUCCCUGGUGGGCUGCAAGGUAGCCGUGACCUUGUUCCUUUAUUUUCUGGCCACCAACUACUACUGGAUCCUGGUGGAAGGCCUCUACCUCCACAGCCUCAUCUUCAUGGCGUUCUUCUCGGAGAAGAAAUAUCUUUGGGGAUUCACGUUAUUCGGCUGGGGACUCCCUGCUGUCUUCGUCACAGUCUGGGCAAGCUUACGGGCAACCUUAGCAGACACAGAGUGCUGGGAUUUAAGUGCCAGCUAUUUCAAGUGGUUUAUUCAGGUGCCCAUCCUCACAGCUGUGAUGGCAAAUUUUAUUCUCUUUAUCAAAAUCAUCAGAGUCCUGGCCACCAAACUUCGAGAGACAAACGCAGGGAGGUGUGAUACAAGACAACAGUAUAGGAAGCUGCUGAAAUCAACCCUCGUCUUAAUGCCUCUCUUUGGAGUUCAUUAUAUCGUUUUUAUGGCUAUGCCAUACACAGAAGUCUCAGGAAUCCUCUGGCAGAUCCAGAUGCACUAUGAAAUGCUCUUCAAUUCUUUCCAGGGAUUUUUUGUGGCCAUUAUCUAUUGUUUUUGCAAUGGGGAGGUUCAAGCCGAGAUCAAGAAGUCUUGGAGCCGAUGGACGUUAGCCCUUGAUUUCAAAAGGAAAGCCCGGAGCGGGAGCACCACGUACAGCUAUGGCCCCAUGGUGUCCCACACCAGCAUCACGAACGUCACCACCAGAGGAGGGAUCGCUCUGCACGCCAACAACAGACUGAUCCCGGGAGCCCUCAACGGGCAUCGGAACUUGCCGGGAUAUGUCAAAAACGGCUCCAUAUCCGAGAAUUCCCUCCCUUCUUCUGGGCCGGAACAGUACAAUAAAGAGGAGGAGUAUCUCAACGGGUCGGGACUCUACAACGGAGACAAGCCGACGGUACUCGUGGAGGAAGAAAAGGAGACUGUGAUGUAAUUUGGGGGUUGGGGGAGAGAGAGGAAAGAAAUAGAAAUGGCUUCGAGUCCAAAUGAAGAGGUUCCCCCCCAAGUGUUGAGGGUUUAAGAGAAUCCUUAGCCACUCGAUGAACGCCAGGAGCCUACAGACCGUUGUCCUCUGCACUUUGAAACAAGAAAUGAAUUUUCUCGGGUAGAAGGUGGGCCAGCGGUCUGAUCCAGAUACUUUGCUCCAUGGUCUGCUGCCCCACGGUGUGUCAUGAAGGCCUGGGCUCUCUCGGUCCGGCAGGAUUUGGCAUCGCUGUCCGACCACGAAGGAGAUAACUCAGCGUUUUUAAGGACAUGUCUACAGACACGCUAGAAUUUAUCGACAGCCCAGCCCAGAAGGAACGGCCUGGUCCACGGGUCCAGUUUUGGGGCCGAGAAGGCCAGGGGCCGAGCGCCAGCGUCCCCACUUCGCGGGUUUCCCCUUUGAUUGCUAAGAAAAGGGGUUUUAUGUGUGAAAGGGCCACCCAGCAGAGAGGUUCAAGGGCGGGGGAGGCCCUUCCUUGGGACUGAACAGCGCAAGGUUUUACGGAGGGUCCAAAUCCUUGCUUCUAUGUUAAGAGCCAGUUCUCGAAAGACUCCCAUGUCGCGACAGGAACCGGGGGAAAUCCCAUCCACCCAAACCUCCCAUCCUUGCACCAACAAAAAUCCAAAGGGAAGGAAAGGCAGAAAUAGGUCUUUAUCGGAGCGAAGCCAAAAUGCGGGGGGGGGACAGCUGCUAGCGUAAACAGGAGAAAAGCAACAAAUAGCAGAACACCCAAACUUUGCAUCAGUGUUCCUGCUUCCCACUUCAGGAGGAUAACGUUGCACUCAUUUUAGCAACAUACACCUUUAACUGUCAUGUUUUCCACCAAAGCACCUUCGGGAACUUUAGUCCAUGGAGCGCAAAGCUUGGAAGUAACACGUUAACAAGCAACGGCUUUUCCCUGUUAACGUGUUACUUUUAGGGCAUGAUGAGGGUGUAAGGAUGCCCCUCCAGUCACUAGGUAACGACCAUCCGUAUCCUUAGUCUACAGCCAACCCCAUGGGGCAAGUAAUAUCAGUCCAGUAUAUUCUCUCAUUGGGGAUGUAUAAGUUGGAAAAAAAAAAGAUUUUUUUUCAGGACCUUUUGAAGGGAUUCCCAAACCCUCAAAUUUUGCACCAUUUUUUUAAAAAAGGGCAAUCUUUCUUCCUAAGAAAAAGACAUUUAAAAGCAACGAGCGACUUAAAAGAGUAACGUGCCAGGCUACUUCAAAAUUGUGGUAGCGUUAAAGGUAGUGGGUUGCAGACGGUGGCCUUACAGGGGGUUGCACAAUUUUUUUUUAAAAAAAGCCUUCUUAGCCCUAAGGAAACAUAGGAGUCAUUGAUGUCUCUUCCCAAAAGUCUAGCUCCCAGAGUUCCACGGGAAGAAGAUGCAGGCCUUUGAGUCUAUGGUGUAGAAUUAUUGGGAGAAAGGGUUUGUGAAGGGUUUGCUGGUGGUAGAUCAGUAAUAGAAAUAAUCCACUUUUUUUGCAUUCCGAUCAAAGCCCAUCUACUGGAUCGAUGUGUGUGGCUUAUAGCCCGUCACACUGUAACUUCCAUCAUCCCUCACCUUGGGUUGUUUAGGCUAGGGCUGAUGGGAGUUGAGACUCAACAACGUCUGAAGACCCAUGAGUUGUCCAUCUUUUGUAGACCUUCUGAAGUCACUUCAUCUUCCCCUGGAGCGACACCAAACUGUUGGAUAACCCUUCCUUCCAGUUCCCAAAAUAGUUGACAUUUUCCAGUGAGUGUGCAUGGCCCUGUGUAAAGAGGAGGGUAUAAAGGCAUAGAGAGGAGAAGCAUUAUGAGGGAAGAACAUAGAGGGUGGACUAAGUUGUGGGCUCUUCGCGCCUACUCCAGGUCCCCAGUCUCAAGUGUCAGUCAACACAUGUAAAUGCAUGGUGCUCUGUGUCUCAUCCUCUUCUCUAGAGGUGCAGAAUUUUAACUGUUAGAGCAGUACGACAAUGGAACCGAUUAGGGGGUGAGCGCCCCAACGUUGGAGGCCUUCAAGAGAA